AUUCAUUUUGCCCUUCCUGGUUUGUCACAACAACAGUGAUGGCGGCGGCUGCACGGUUCUUUUCCAGGGGAGCAAACUUGAAACUUUCCCUCUCCGGCGUUGGCACCGGGGCUCAGAGCUCGUUUGGGGCCACGCUGUUAAAACUGUCACCGAACUGUAAUUCCCGCACAAAAACACAACGAAGACAUGCAACACACUUUACCUUCCAGCCUGACCCCGUCCCGACACAGUACGGCCCUACCCAGAAGAUGAACUUGUUCCAGUCGAUCACAAGUGCCUUGGACAACACUCUGGCCGCUGAUCCCACAGCAGUCAUCUUUGGAGAAGACGUUGCUUUUGGUGGAGUCUUCCGAUGCACAGUGGGUCUGAGAGACAAAUACGGUAAGGACAGAGUCUUCAACACUCCUCUUUGUGAGCAGGGGAUUGUGGGAUUUGGGAUCGGUGUGGCUGUCACUGGUGCCACAGCCGUCGCUGAGAUCCAGUUUGCUGACUACAUCUAUCCUGCGUUUGACCAGAUAGUCAAUGAAGCUGCCAAGUACCGCUACCGUUCUGGUAACCUGUUUGACUGUGGAAGCCUCACCAUUCGGGCUCCGUGGGGGUGUGUCGGCCACGGAUCUCUUUACCACUCUCAAAGCCCCGAGGCCUUUUUCGCCCACUGCCCUGGUAUCAAGGUUGUAAUCCCUCGUGGUCCGGUUCAGGCCAAAGGGCUGCUCCUCUCCUGCAUCGCUGACAAGAACCCGUGCAUUUUCUUUGAACCCAAGAUUCUGUACAGAGCAGCAGUGGAGGAGGUUCCAGAGGAGCCCUACACCAUCCCACUGUCACAGGCCGAGAUCCUACAGGAGGGCAGUGACGUCACUCUGGUUGCCUGGGGGACACAGAUCCAUGUGAUGAAGGAGGUGGCCACCAUGGCUCAGGAAAAGCUGGGAGUGUCCUGCGAAGUCAUCGAUCUGCAGACCAUCCUGCCUUGGGAUACUGAAACUGUUUGCAAGUCGGUGGUGAAAACUGGACGUUUGCUCAUCAGUCAUGAGGCCCCGGUAACAGGAGGCUUUGCUGCUGAAAUCAGCUCUGCAGUACAGGAGGAGUGCUUCCUUAACCUGGAGGCUCCCAUCAGUAGGGUCUGUGGUUAUGACACCCCCUUCCCUCACAUCUUUGAGCCCUUCUACAUCCCAGACAAAUGGAAGUGCUUUGAGGCAAUCAAGAAGAUGAUCAACUACUAAAACCAGUCGGUGGAGACCUUCCAGGAAAAGACACUUUGUUGACCAUCCAAUCAGAAAGCAGGAUCCAGAUGGGCUCCAUGUCCCGGUGUGUCCUCGAGCUAGAAGACUGCUACCAUAUUUCUGGAUUACAGAAGAAAAGUGACUUGAGUCACUCUAUAUGGUGAAACUGUUUUAGCUUCAUCUGGUAACAUAACGCUCAUAAUUUCAUUUCCUCCAAAGUAAAAGUUGGAUGCUGUAGAGUUUAAUGGUGUUUGGUUGCCUCUCUGUGCUGUUACUUUUAACUGAAUGUGUCCAACUCUCCUCCAGUCUUUCUUUAGUUUGACAUGAACUGAACUCUACUGUACUAACAUAAUAGAUAUGUGGUUUUUAAGGAAAAUAAAAUAAUCAGAAUUGGUGAAAACA